AUGGCUGCCACAUUGUCAUCUUCGACUGGCACAUCUGCCGUGCGCGAUAAGUCGCCAUGGGCAAACAAGUUCCGGGGCGCCACUGUUGAAGACCUCGACCCUCCUCCUGCGCUCUCCGUCAAGCCAUCGCAACCAAUCUCACACGCUAUGAUGAGUGCCUUCGAACGCGACUACACACACCUCACUGUCACUUCUCAGGAGAACCGCGCCUUACUCGGGUACCUGAGCAUUCCACGAUUGAAAGAGCUGCUGAAGGAUGGCAAAGUCCGCGAGAAUGACCCAGUGGAAAGCGCAAUGUUGAAGUUCCGACGGAAGGGCCGGGUGUAUAAAGUCAUCACGAUGGACACGCCGCUGGAAGAUCUCGAGGCUUUCUUCGCUGGCCGUGGUUCGGGGCUCGAGGGCGAGACGCAGGAUUUUGCGGUUGUCACGGAUGGUAGCAGGAGAUUUGUCCUUGGGGUUGCUACGAAGUGGGACCUAGAAGAGUUUGUGAAGAGGAGACCGGUGUAUGAUAACUGA